UGCAGUUCUUUUGCCCCCGGGAGACGGGCCAGGGCUGCUGGAUGACCUGGCCUGUCCAGCCCCGCUCCCUGAGAACACUUUCGCGGGAUCUUGCCCGCGGGGAAGGGUUUCUUAGAGCCCGCAAACUGCUGCCUCGUCUCGUGCUGCGAAAGGAAGUGUUCCUGUAAUGACCAAUCAGCGGCGAGGAGCCGUUUUAACGUCCCUCCCUUCUUCACCCCUCCUUCCCCGCAAUGUGGUCCGUUCCCCCUUCUGUUCGCUCCGGGUCUGCGCAGUGUGGCCCUAACAGGACGCCGUCACCCGCGAGCCCGCCUUGGAGUCCGGCGGUGACCCGUCUCCGCGACAUGUCUGGCUCAGAGGCUGAGUGGGUAACCAUUGCCAAUAACCUUCUUUUUAAAUGUCACAUACAUCUGAGGAUACACACACUUGAAGAUUGUGAUUCUAAUGUUUUUAUUGCUCUUUAUCAAUCCAUUUUGGGAGAAAAAGUUCCAGACCUCAUAGCUAUUCCCAAGAGUCAAGAGGAUGAUGCCCACAAUGUACAAGCAGUGAUUGAUUCAUUGGCCUUGGAUUAUCUGCAGGUUAGCUUGUCUCACAUAACAGGUGAAACUGAACAGUAUUUUAAAGAAUCCCAUGAAGGAGAACCUUUGGAAGAGCUAGAAAGCACUAAGGAGUCCAAAUCAUCAUGGAAAAGAGUUUCUUUUGGGAGGAGCUCCUCCUCACCUGAGGCUUUGGGACCCUCUUGGGAUGAAGAUGAAGCAGAAUCCACUGGUGAAAUAAUUAGACUCGGAGACACAGCACACACCUUUUCUCUAAGAAGUAAUGGUGCUCAAAGUCCUGUCCACAAGCAGUCUAAAAAAAUGUCACCCUCACCAGUUGCAAAACUACAGGAAGAUAUGUUAAACCCUCCCUCAUCUAGUUUUCUGUUCAAGGAUAGGACAUCCUUUGUUGAAGAUAUGGAAACCCCUUCUGUGAGUAUGGUUCCAAGCGCUAGAAAGCUAGGGGAGCCCAUCCGAGCAGCUAUUCCUUUACAUCCACCCUACCACCCUUCAGAACCUCGAGCACCCUGCCCUAUAGGAAAAGAAUACCUGCGUGCAAGUCACUUCUCCCCUGCCGGGAAUUCAUCUGGAGAGCACACGGCAUUUUCUGAACCAGAUGAUAGAGUUACCUUAACUUCCAAGUUGCCUGACAAUAGUGAACAGGAAGCCUACCCAACUCGGGUCCCCAGCCCCAGAACAAGGAAGAUUCCCAAAGGAAAAAGAAGUGAAAACAGAGCUGCAGUCUCAUCAUGGGAUUCACCUUCCCCGCAGAGGUCAAGAAAGAGGUUAACAGAACAAGAACUACAUGUAGUGUCAGAGAAACUCUCUCAACGGCUCUGUGAGCUAGAUUGGAUGUUAAAAAGUGCUCUGGGUGAUCGAAUUAAAGAAAAGACUGUCUAUGAAGAAGAUAUUAUAAACAAAGAGAUGGCGAAUGGAAAUGAGGAGACACUUUCUCAACAUAGUGACAGCAUCAUGGAAUAUGAGCCAAAGAAGCUAAGGCCAGGAUUUCCCAAGCACAAAAAGCCACCUUACAGAUCCCAUUCGCUUUCUCCAUCUCCAGUUAACAAACACAAACAGUUCCAGAUAGAGAGAAGGCGGCAGCGUAAGCCAAAAGAAACAGAUAUCCGCCAUUUCCAAGCAAAGGCAUUAACUGAAGCAUUUGAAAGGGAGCUAAGAAGAAAUAAAAUUCAAGACAAUAUUGGAUCUCAAAGGAUAAAUGAGGAGGAGGAGGAGGAGGAAACAGGAAAAAUAUACAGAGAAGUCAUUCAUACAAGAACUCCCAAACAUAGUCAGCCCUGGAAGAUUUACUCCAGAAAAUCCACAACUCAGAGUUCAAGAGGUGGCUUCCAAAGGCCAAAUAAAGCAGCUCCAAUGAAAGUAAAUGAACACAGUCUCUUGCCCCUUAUGCUGGAGCAGUUUCCAUUUCUCUAUGUUUCUGGCCCAACACUAAGCAAAAUGUGGAAACAACAAAUUGCACAUGUUGAACAGCUCAAUAAAGAGGCACACAGGGACAGUCGAUCAAAGAAGAAACUCCAGGAUGAAAUAGAAGAAGCCCUGAGAAGGCAUGAAAUCCUCACUUCCCUUGUCAAGAAAGAAUAUGAACAUAACAAGAGACUGCAAGACUUCAAGGACUGCAUUUAUAGACAGAGGUUGACCCAAUCAAAAAUAAAAGAAAAUCGUCAGCAAAUUAUUCGUGCCCGAAAAUAUUAUGAUGAUUAUAGAGUUCAGUUGCGUGCAAAAAUGAUGAGAAUGAGAACCCGGGAAGAAAUGAUAUUUAAGAAGCUGUUUGAGGAAGGUUUACAAAUUCAGAAACAAAGAUUACAAGACCUGAGAAACUAUGCCAAAGAAAAAAGAGACGAAGAAAAGAGACAGCAUCAGAAUGAACUGGACUCGAUGGAGAACUACUAUAAGGACCAGUUUUCAUUGCUGGCAGAAGCCAUAUCACAGGAACGUCAGGAACUCAAAGCCCGAGAGAAAUUCCAGGCUCAGACAUUACAUAAGGUGAAGAGGGAGCUGAGAUCUAAGAUGGAGAAGGAAAUUCAGCAACUACAGAACAUGAUAACGCAGAAUGACGAUGACGCUUUCUUCCGGGAACUGGAAGCUGAGCGCUUCAGAGCUCGGCUACAGCUGGCUUCUCUUCAGUAUGGUCGGAAUCCCUUCUCAUGAGGCCAGAUUUCAUAGGUGAGGUUUCUGGAGGCCUUUACCAGGACAGAGCUAGAACUGAGCCAGUAAACAGUCUGAAACAGAAGAAUUUUUUUAAAUGCCUUAUCUGUGUAUUCAUUCCAAUACUCAUAAUAUUUUAAAUAAAAAUGUUUUCUUAAAGCU